GGGGCAGACAUCGGGGGCGGCUCUCUUGUGCAAUGUCCCCUCCUGUGACGGCAGUGCCGGGCUGGCACGAUGGUAUAUAAGCCGGUGCAGCUCGGCGCUGGGCAUCCUGGCACAGCAGCACCAUGAAAUCAGGCCUCCUCCUCCUCCUGGGCCUCCUCGCCCUCUGGGCUGAGCUGCCGCCUGCCUCUGGGCAGCUCCGUCAAGCGAACGCGAUCUGCAGUCUCCCUGCGGAUCCCGGCCCGUGUUUAGCCUACAUGCCCAGCUACUUCUACAACUCGACCACCAAGAGGUGUGAGCAGUUCAUUUAUGGCGGCUGCCGGGGCAAUGGGAACAGGUUUCCCAAUGUGGACGAAUGUCUCAAGACCUGUGGAAGCUCAGGUGACAUUUGCCGACUCCCGCCUGAGACGGGCCCUUGCAAGAUGUACAUCCGUCGCUUCUUCUACCACCCGGCCAGCAGGACGUGCAAAAUAUUCAUCUACGGCGGCUGCCAGGGCAACGGGAACAACUUUAGAACUCUCCAGGAGUGCCAGCGGGCCUGCAGGAAACGCGGGCCGACCAGAGAGAGAGACCGGGACGAGCCGAGAGCGUGACAGCAGGGCCUGUGGGGGGAUGGGACAGGAUCCGCCAAUCCAGUCCCCACCUGACACCCACCCCCAGUCGCCCGUGGGCCUGAUCUCGCCCCGCACGUGGCUUGUGUAAUAAAGAGCUCAGCUCAGCUGGCCUCCCUGUGAUUUCCUGGCUUGGGCCUCACUGUCCCUGCAUGUCCCCCGGGACAACCCCCCUGCAGCUGGAGCCUGUG